UUGUACACUGCACAAGCAUAGUAAACUCUGAGCUAACCAUUUCGAUUAAUUAUUUUAUUAUACCUAGCUUAAGCUAGUGUUAGCCAUGGAGAGUCCACACAAGAUGAUGAACAGUACUAGAAUCACACUUGGAGCUGCCAUCCUCGUGGCACUGAGCCUCCUCCUGCUCGCCGCCACGCCGUCGGAGGCCUGCGGCUGCAACGCCUGCCCGUGCAAGGGCAGCCCGGCGGUGAGCGGCGGCGGCGGCAAGUGCCCCGUCGACGCGCUGAAGCUGGGGGUGUGCGCCAACGUGCUGGGCGGGCUGCUCAACCUGGACCAGCUGCUGGGCUCGUCGUCCGGGUCCGGCGAGCGGUGCUGCGGGCUCCUCGGCGGCCUCGCCGACCUGGACGCCGCCGUCUGCCUCUGCACGGCGCUGCGCGCCAACGUGCUCGGCCUCGUCGGCGUCGAGCUGCCCGUGCAGCUCAGCGUCCUCGUCAACCGCUGCGGCAAGAAGCUCCCCUCUGGAUUCCAGUGCUCCAGCAAUUAGCUACCUAGCUGAUUCAACUGGAUUUGAUCAAUUAGUGCUUGAGCUCAUGCAUGCAGCUAGAGCGUGUUAGCGUUCGCUAUUUCAUUAACUAGUUGGUGUGGUGUGUGAUCGUUUAGUUCGUACUUGAUGAUGGUGGUGUGUAUCUAUGCUUGCGUGACACUGCAUACAUCUACAUGUACCUCGGAAUUGCUUUGUAC